CGUGAGAGUAUCGCUGUAUGCGUAUAUUUUACAUUUGUAUUUCGGUAAUUUGUAGUGGCGAUAAUGUUUAAUGACUGCAAAUGUUGUUUCGAUAGAUUCCUGUUGGCUAGCAUACGUGAUACAACCGCACAGAACAUAUAUUAAUAAAAAUUUAGUUUCCGUAGAAUUCAAGUACAUCUGUAUUAUUAUUAUAAUUUAUUCAUUCGAUCGUCACAUUAACAGCUGUAAUUAAAAUGUAGUAUUACUUUAUGAUACAUUUUAAAUUUGUAUUUUAUCGAUUAAUUGUAAACGUUGGACGUUUGAGGGUUGUCUUGAUGGAUGCUAUGUGUAACCUGUUGUAAUUUUCAAGAAUGUCAGAUGCUGAAAAAAUUUAUAUAGUAUUUAUUCUUUAUUGAAUUUCGCAUAUGUUGAUUUGGAAUAUGUUUUUUAUAUUUUAGAUAAUGUUUUUUAUGAAAAUGUGUCAUCAGUGAUGUGAUAACUUUUUUUGACAAUCAGACUAAUAGUGAAAGUGCUAAUGAAUUACCAAGAAAUGUACAUUUUGUAUAAAAUGUUUUUUCACAACUAUUUUCUGAAAAUCAAGCUGAUACGCAGCUGAAUGCUUUGGAUUUAACGAUGGAAUCUCGAAGAAGCAGAUGGAAAUAUGUUAUUCGAGAACUGAUUUUAGUAACAUUCUACGUCAAUGCCGUAUCCGUUUUUGCUCGAAAUAUCGAACGAUACGACACAGCUUAUGAAUGUGAGGGAAAAACAUUGAGGAUAGAAUGUCGAGAAGGCGAGUUGAUUCAUCUAAUCCGAGCAAAUUAUGGUCGAUUUUCGAUAACUAUAUGCAACGAACAUGGCAACACAGACUGGAGCGUCAAUUGCAUGUCACCUAAAUCAUUCCGCGUUCUGUAUAAUAAAUGCAAUCAACAGCAGAACUGCAGUAUUAUUGCUUCAACUUCGCAAUUCGACGAUCCUUGUCCUAACACUCUUAAGUAUCUUGAAGCACAUUACCAAUGCAUUUCUGCAUCAACAACAACAACUACUACGCGUCCAAGCCCUCCAUGGCUGCUCACUUCACAACCAAUGUUAUGGAGUACAGCAUCAUCUAUAAACGUUGGAUCGCGUUCUUCCUUGAAACCAACAGCAUCUGAAAAUAUUAACAGCAUCAGUAGCAGCAGUGAUAUUAGCAGCAUUGUUAAAGUUGUCGUUGCCAAAUCAACAAACGUUUCCUCAACCACUACUUCGUCUGAAGUCCCAAGAUCGCCCACUACUCUACUCCAAGGUGACAAUAAGUCCAUUGAUAACGUAGAAGACGACGAUGAAGACGAGACUAAUCAUGACAAUGUAGAUGAAAGUAGUAAUGAAGCUGAGCAAAAUACCGAAAAUGAAGAUGAAAGGGAAUUAAAAAUAAUGAAGUCAAAUAAGUCAUUAGCUCCGUCUGUGCUGCAUCUAACUACGAAAAUACCAGAAUCACCAUUUUUUUUGAGCUCAACUAUAGCGCCUUGGAAUACUAGAGGUGGAGAAAUAUGUCCACGACAAGAGGCUCGUAAUCUUAUAUGGAAUGCAACACGUCUUGGUGAGGUGGCUGUGCAGAGCUGUCCAGGCGGCGCUAAUGGUCUAGCAAGGUGGCAAUGUGUUCAAAAAACAACGGAAGGUAUAAAAUUAGUAGUUGAGUGGCAACGAGGAUCGCCUGAUCUAAGCGAAUGCCGCAGUGUAUGGUUAUCUUCGCUUGAAAAGCGAGUGCGUGAAGGCGAGUUAAUUCUUGGGGUAAGCAGUGAUCUCAGUCAAGUAACUAAUAAUAGUCGUGAGCUCUAUGGAGGUGACAUGCUUAUCACCACUAAGAUUCUACGCAAUAUGGCUGAACGUAUGGCUCAAGAUAUACGUACGUACGGAGAUAUGAGACAGCGCGAAGCUAGUGUUGCUGAGCUUCUUCAGGGAGCUGUUACGACAGGGAGCAAUCUUCUUGAUCAAGCACAAGACUCUUCUUGGAAAGAUCUUACUCAUCGCGAACAGAUGGAAGUCGCCACUUCACUCCUCAUAGGUCUUGAAGAAAAUGCGUUUCUGUAUGCCAACACACUUACUUAUGAAAACUUUGUCCUUCAUGAGCAACGUAAUAUUUUGAUGGAAGUAAGAGUAUUGGAAAUUCGUAAUCUUAACACUGAAUUCGAGGUGUUUCCACAAAAGCCGGCGAAGCAAGAACGUUGGGCACGGUUACGUGAUCGUAUAGAAUUAACACAAACUGCUCUUCUCGCGAAUAGCGACAAUAAAGAUAGACUAGUGCGCUUAGUGUUUAUGGCUUUUGAACGUCUUGAAGAGAUCUUACAGCCUUCGGACAACUCUCAUUUUGAACAAAUUUCUAUGAAUGAGGAACGUGAAAACAUAAAUCACCAUCAACAAUAUCAUAGCAAUAGCGUAACACGUAUCCUCAACAGCAAGGUAAUUUCAGCCUCUUUAGGGAGAGGCAAGCACGUUCAGCUUACAGAACCAGUGCGCCUAUAUUUUGAACACAUUAAUCGAGAGAAUGUAAGUAACCCACGAUGCGUUUAUUGGGAUUACACAACUAACAAUUGGUCCGAAGAAGGCUGCUUUACACGCUACAGUAAUAACUCGCAUACAGUUUGCGAGUGCAAUCAUCUUACUAAUUUUGCCGUUCUUAUGGAUGUACAUGAUAUCAGACUUGAACUCGGACACCAACUUGCCCUGCAAAUUAUUACCUACAUUGGCUGUGUAAUAUCGAUAAUCUGUCUUAUACUCGCUAUUCUCACUUUUCAACUUUUCCGUGGCCUUAAGUCGGACCGGACAACUAUCCAUAAAAAUUUAUGUAUGUGUCUACUCAUCGCUGAACUCCUUUUUAUCUGUGGAAUAGGACAAACUAGCCAAAGAAUAAUUUGUGGUAUUAUCGCUGGUCUUUUGCAAUUUUUCUUUCUAAGCGCCUUUGCUUGGAUGUUCCUCGAGGGUUUUCAGCUGUACGUUAUGUUAAUUGAGGUAUUCGAAGCUGAAAAAUCGCGUCUUCGUUGGUAUUAUCUCGCUGCUUACGGUAUACCACUUCUUGUGGUUACUAUCUCCAGCCUUGCAGAUCCUUUUAGUUAUGGCACCGAUCGAUACUGUUGGCUUCGUGCCGAUAACUACUUUAUAUUUAGCUUUGUUGGGCCAGUCAUACUGGUAAUAUUGGCAAAUUUAGUGUUCCUGUCAAUGGCUAUUUACAUGAUGUGCAGACAUGCAAAUGCGAGCAUUUCGAUGAAGAGCAAGGAAAAUUCUCGAAUUGCUAAUGCAAGGGCCUGGUUAAGAGGAGCAAUUGUCCUGGUGUUCCUGUUAGGCCUUACCUGGACGUUUGGAUUAUUGUACUUAAAUCAAGAAUCUGUUUUCAUGGCGUAUAUCUUCACUGUGCUGAACAGUUUACAAGGGUUGUUCAUUUUCGUCUUUCACUGCAUGCAAAACGAUAAGGUACGGAAGGAAUACCGUAAAUUUGUUAGGCGGCAUGCAUGGCUUCCUCGCUGUCUACGCUGUUCAAGGAAUCCAACGACAACCAGUGGCAGCAGCGGUGGUGGUGGUUGUGCUGGCGGUACUGGAUCUGCCGGCUCUGGUAACUCACUUGGGUCUAAUCUUCAAGGCCAAGGUAACAACAAAGAACUCGCUCAUUGCAACACUUCAUCGAAUCCUUCCGGCCCAAGCACUGAGUGUUCUGGCCUGUCAGCUAGCCAUUUUCAACAACAUCACCACCAGCACCAAGAUCAGCAACAUCUUUCACAACCACAGUCACAUCUGUAUCAUCAGCAUCAACAGCUCGCCCCAGGACAUAGCACAUCUUUUAAGUCAUAUUCACGGGGAUUAAAUCACGAAGUUUUGGAGAAAGAGGAAGACAUUGAGCAUAUAGCAGGUCAAGCUAGCCAUUAUAGUAUUGGCAUAGCUAGCACACUCCAAAGCUAUGGAUUAAGGUCUCGGGAGCGUCGAUUUAUUACAGAACUUGAAGCAGGGUCACGCGCCACUACCGGUCGUCGUGCCGCCUCGCCCUACAAUCAUACUUACACUGAGAUCUGUGAUAGUCGUCAUCAGCAGCAGCAACAACAACACCACAUGGUGUUACAUCAUCUACACGCUCAUGGUUAUGGCUUUUCAGAUCGUCCAGAUCAUGAGGAUCCUGUUUAUGAAGAAAUUGAGCGUAGUUGUCAGCAGGGAUUGCCACCGUCAUCCCAACUCGUUACUGAUUAUGAGCUUGCCGAUAUGUCGGAUGAGGAAACUCGCCGCCAAAGUGACAUGUCAAGACAGUCAUCUCGAAGUUACGGUGACCACCGACCUCUCAUUCCUUACUCCCCUGCUCAAGAACGAGGCCUAGAAUCUUCUUGGGUCCUUGAAAAACAACUCCGUCGGCAGAUUCAGCACCAGUUCGAUUUAUCAAGUGAGCAAAGCGUCCAGAAGCAGCAUGACCAUACACGUACCGUUGCUGUUCUAGAUGGACACACCGUUGUCUGUCACUUGCAGCCUCAAACCGAACUUUAUACAACUCGCAACCUUGCACCACCAUCCUACAGCGAGUGUUAAACGCAUCAGCUGAUUUUCAACCAAUAUAACCUUCUGUGAUCCCGCACUUGCGAUCUUCUCGAACAUAUCUUCUGUACCAUGCUCUAUUCUAUUUUCAUUGUCUUUUUUCUGUAUAAUCUAUUAUUUGUCCUUUAGCCAAUCAAUAGUUUCAUCUACUUGUUCUUUCACUUGUAUAUAUGCUCAGUCCAGGAGCUUGCUUUGUUCCUGUGUGAAAAAAUACGUCCAAGAAUAAGAUAAUUGUUUUUAUUAUAUCAGAUCAUGUUAUACGUAUGUGUAUGUGUGUUCGCGCGUAUGUGUGUGUCUAUAUAUCGUAGUAAAUAAAUAAAAUGUCAUCAAAUACCACAAUACGCACUAAAAAGUCCAAUAUUCUUCUAUUAGCCUAGUUGAAUCAGUCAUUUUACUUAAGACGGGGCAUAGGGUUAAAUAUCUAAGCUUAUUUCACCGAUUAGAAGAUUAUAUUGAGCGUUCAUUUGAACUCCUGUUUGUAUACUGUAUUGUUUAUUAGAAUAUUAAGUAGUAGUUGUAUAAAUGCAAAGUACACUAUUAAAACAAUGUAUUUUACAUUUCUAUUUUCAUUAAAUCAGUUUUAGCAAAAUUCUUUGAAUAUGUUAAUAAUCGUAGGGGCAUUUCUUAUUGCUACAAAUAAAGAAAUUUUAACAAUGAAUCAAAUAUAAUAUAUAAGUUCAUGAAAAAUGAGCGUAUAUUUGUUCUAUAAGCUGUUGUUUUCCAUUUGUAUUUAUGAUGAUUUCGGUCAGCAUUUAAGUUUUGUUUUUAAUUGUAAAUUGUGAACAUUAAAACUUCUUUAAUGAAAUGUAUUUUGUGCGUAUACAACUAACUUCAUACUUCCAGUAACUUAUGAAAAUGAAAGUUAAAUAAAUCGAAUGAAAUUAUUUCAUUUAUUAAGAUUAAGUUGUACAUUUAUUUCAUGUAUAAACUUUAUCAUGAUGACUGAUUCAACCAAGCCAAUAUAUGAAUAUCUAACUAUGAAGCGUGCAGUACGCUAUUAAUUUGCAUUUUACUUGAUGACUAGACAUUUAGCAAAUUGCCUGAAAGUGCUUGAAAGUCUAAAAAGCACAAGUAUUCACAGAUAGCUAAUUUUAGUAACCCUUCUAACUUGAGCGUUUUUAUUUUUGAUAUAAUAUAUUUUUCUGAAGAUCCGUGAAAUUCGGUCUUAUAGAUCUGAUAUCAGUCUCCUUGUCAGUAAAAUUUUAGUAAACAUGUUGCAAAGAUAAUAAUUUUUUAAUGAUUCCGUAAGAUUUAUGAAGAACAUUUUGCAAAGAUAUUUAUUUAUUACUGGUUUCGUGAGAUUUGUUGUGAAAAAUUAUUUAUACUUGAGCUGUCUCUUUUUCAAAAUAAUAAAUAUUACUUUUAAUGUUUGUACUUAUAAAUCAAAAUAUUUCAAUUUUGUGCCCUAUAAAAACACUACCUUAACUACACUACUACAAGAUCUUGAUUGAAAAAUAUAAAUGUGGUGUGUGUAAGUCUGAAUGUCUGAAUAAACAAAAAAUUUUUUCUUGGGUGAUUAGAUUUCUUGUGAUCUCUACUCAGACUUAACGGGAAACUUUUAAGCGAAUUUUUCUAUUUUUCAUAACAACUUUUUUAUGAAGUUUAGAAAAGACAUUUAAAAAAGUACCCAAAAAAUAUUUUUUAUACAUUCAAACGUACAGAAUCAUGCACUGGAUAAACUUAUUUAAGUAAAUAAGAUUUCAGAGACAGUGCCUUUGUGUGACUAAAAUUUGAGAUUUUUAGAAGUAUAAGAAUAACAAUAAAAAUUUAUUUAGAAUUUUACAAGGAGAAGAAUCCGUGCAGACUUAAUUCUUUCCAUAAAAUUUAGUAUCAUAUAAAUCAUAUAAAUGGCAAAAUCAGGGUACCACAAUUAUAUAAAAAAGGAUAGAAUAAUCAAACAAGUUUCUUUCUCGUCAGAUUUAUAUUAAAUUUAAAAUAAAAUACACAGGCUAGCGGUUCUAGAUCACGAUCUUUUCUUUACAUCUUUAAAAAUAGAAAAUGUAUGUAAAUUUAAUAUAACUUUUAAGGAUCAUGGUCAGUUUUAUUUUAUAAAAUUACAAAUUGUAUUUGUCUGUAAGUUUACUUAGUGUAAAAUUUGAGAUAAAACUUGUGUUGAUUCACGUAAAUCUUUAAUCAUAUUUUUUGGAUUCCAGGCGUAUUUAGAGUUGACUUCAAAGUUUAUUUGAGGUAAUUUCUUUUAUCCUUGAACGUAUUAUGCGUACACACAACAACAGCUUGCUCCCAGACUAUCAGUCGAUUGUGCUAAAGCCAAAACAAUGGUCGUUAAAAAAAUAUAAUACAUUUUAUUUUCGUACAAAAAUAGCACUCUUCCGUUUUAAAUGCGAAAGCAUUUCAAUUCACACCACAAGAAAAAAUCCAUGUUUUAAUUUUCACAAUAAAACGCUCAUUAAUUUUUAGAAAUGAAUUAUUAAUGAACCUGAUGUACGUUUGAAAUACUAAUACAGUUAUGUAUACUAUGUGCAUAGUUAUGAAAAAAUAAAUGGAUUAGAUGUAAUCAAACGUGAAAACUUAAAGAUUAAAACAAAGAUUAUUGUUACUGUUAUUCAUAACAAUUGAUCAAAAGCAAUAGCAACAAAACUAGAAGUUUUCAAAGUUAGCAAUUUACAACGUAUACUGUAGUAUAAAAAUUAUCAAUUCAUGAUUUUCUAUAUAAUAAUUCUCCGUAAAUCAACUUUGGUUUUUUUCAUAAAACUGAUUUUAAUAAUAUAGUUUGAUUCAGUUUUUAAAUAGCAUUAUUGUUUAUAGAUAAAAGAGAAAUAAUAGUUAUUUCAAAAAAAUCAACGCCAAGUUUUGGAAAAUCUUCAUUACUUUAACUUUACUAUUAAAGGCCAUGGCAGUGACCUGCCUUAUGAAUAUAGAUGCGUUUAUAGAGAACACGAUAAACAAAUCAGCUUCAUUUAUGAAAAUUUUCAAUAUUAAUUAUAUAUAUCUAAAAUUUGUAGUACUAUCUUUAUUGUAAACUUAUACUUUUAAGGGUACGUAGUCAUUUUUUUUCGCGUACUUGAAUCGUGAUUUUAUUUAGACAAAAUUCAAAUGAAGCUUUAUUUCUAUGAAAGUUAAAACAUGCUUUUUUUGGUGGAUAGUCUAGACAUGCUAAUUGUUAUAAGAGUAGACGUACUAGUUUUCAUUAUAACUAUCGUAAAUUUUUGAUAAGAGAAAAACCGGUAAUAAAAAUAAAAUUUAGUUGAUUUUAUUUACUAAAUUCCUAUGAUGACAUUGAAUGAAUUUAAAACCGGAAAAUAAGCGCAUGCUAUUUAUUUCUUUUAGAAUGUAUGAUAUGAGGAUCAUUUACUUUAGGAAGACUAUAUUAUUAUUAUUAUUAUUAUUAUUAUUAUUAUUAUUAUUAUUAUUAUUAUUAUUUCUAUUAAUAUUAUCAAUACAGUUAUUAUUAUUAUUAUUAUUAUUACUAGGAUUAUUAUGGUUGUCAUCUUUGCGAAGAAACAAGAGAAUUGGAAAGUAUUGCGAUUUAAGACAGAACUUUUCUAGAAUAUCGACGAAUCUUUUUAAUGAUUCUACCAUCAUGAAUUAGUUUGCAGCGUAUUUAUUGCUUAAGCUAGUAAAUAUAACCGCACAAUUGAUUCACAGAAUUUAUUUGAUUGAUUUAAAUUUCACAAUCAAUUGAAUAUUAAUCAUAACCGUAGUUACAUAGAUAAGCAUUUUCCUGUAUAAAUAUCAAUAUAAUUGGAAUUUCAAUAUAUGUUAAAAAUCAGGCAGACAAUUGAAUGGUUAUCGCGCAUGCAAAAAUAAUUCAAUGUAAUUGUAAAUUCAUUGCAUUCCAUCCAUUUGAAAGUGAGUUUUAAUAUAUUUGACGAGUACAGCAGCUUAAAAUAAUAUUCAAACUGUUAAUAUAAUAUACACUCCUCGCAAAAAUUAAGGGAACAAAAAAAUUUGUCAAAUUUUUGGCUGAUUGUCAACAGGCGGUAUUUCAGUGAGAAAUGGUCGUACAGGAAAUAAAAAAAUAAAGCUA